AAAAUAUUUACAUUAGAAACCUGUGAGACAAUUUGAGGAUUACAAUUUCAAGGUAAAACAUGGCAGUCCCAGGAAAGAAAGCAUCAAAACAAUUUUCAUCAUCAACAAGAUCAAUGGCAUCAGAUGAAGAUCUUCAAAUUUACUGCCAGCCUUGUGACGAGGAAGGAACUAGACUCCCUGCCCAUGGUUACUGUACUGUCUGCAAGGAACACCUCUGCAAGACAUGCUUUAAAGCCCAUAAAAUCAAUAGGCUUUCCAAACAGCAUACGCUUCUCGAUGCAACAAGUACGCCUAAAGUUUUGCAGCAACCCUCAACAUCCAUUCACACAGGCCUGUCAGAUGACUUGACAUUGUUUUGUCGUAAACACCCUAAAGAAAUGAUCAAGUUCUACUGUAAUGAUCAUACAGAAUUACUCUGUAGUGUUUGUGUUACCCUUGAACAUCAAGCUACAUCCUGCAAUGUCAACUAUAUACCAGACAUUUCUGGUGUUAUAUUAGACAGCAAAGAAUAUCAAGUAAUCUUGAAUGCAGUAAAUACUACUUCUGACAAAUUUCAACAGAUAUUAAAAAAUGUCAAGGACAUGACACACAAAUCAAACAGCUCUCUCAAAGAUGCAUUAGUUGACAUUAAAAAGUUUCGGCAAGAAAUCAACCAAAGACUCGAUGAAUUUGAGAGACAGGCUGCAGAUGCAGCUAAAGUCAUAGAACAAGAAAAUAACAAACAUCGGAAAGCAGUAGAAACAACAUGUGAAGAUAUAACCAAAUCCCUGAAGAUAUCAUCAGACAAAAUUAAACAACUCAACACAACAAAACAAGCUGACAGACUCUUCAUUGAUUUAAAACUUGCAGAGAAAACAAUCAAAGAUAUGGAGGGUAAACUACUAACACUGUCAUCAUUUGAUAUCAAAGAGCACAACUUUCAAUCAAAUGAUGUAAUUUUAAAUUUGUUUAAAACAGAGAAGUCACUGGGUACAUUGACACAGAAAACUUGUAAUACAGAAUGUCAACCUGUACAAAUAAAGUCUAGACAAUCUUCACAUGAGGGAGAAAUCUGUGUGAAGACAUCAAAAGAUAAAAAAAAAUGCUGGAUAACAGGAAUGACUCUGAUGACUCCUGAUCUUCUUAUCAUCUCUGACUACAGUAACAAUGCUGUAAAGAUGGUGGAUACCAGCAGUCAAUCUGUGUAUGAUCAACUACAACUAGAUAAUCAACCAUGGAAUAUCACUAGAUUAACCAGUCUUGAACUUGCUGUCACACUUCCCGACAUACAAACAAUACAAUUUAUAUCAAUCUCAUCAAACCAACUCAAAAAGAGGCAUACUGUGAAAGUUGAUGGGAAGUGUCAUGGUAUAAGCUGUUAUCAAGGUAAACUUGUUGUGUCAUUUGUUUAUCCAGCAAAACUUCAGAUCCUUGAUAUGAAUGGCACUAUACUGACAACAAUUGAUGAAAAAAAUAUUUUCAAAUAUCCAUGGUAUAUCACAUGUAACAGAAGUUCUAUCUAUGUAUCUGACUGGAACAUGAAGACAGUGACAAUGUUAAAUUGGCAAGGUGAUAUGGUAGGUAGUUAUAGUGGUAUGGGUUACCCUUUGGGAGUGUCACUGUCAGAUGAUGGUACUGUCUUUGUGUGUGAUGAAGGGAGAAAUGUUAUAGAAGAGAUAUCAGGAGACUGCUCUACAGGAAAGGUGGUGCUGCAGAAUCUGAAGACACCACAGGCUGUAUGUUGGUGUGGAAAAACAAAGAAGCUGUAUUAUAGCUGUGAUGCUUGGGGUGAAAAAUAUGGCAACUACCUUCACAUCCAUAACCUGUCAUAGACUGAAACAGAUACUUAGUUGAUUAAACAAUAUCAAUUCAUCAUUCAUUCUUCUAAUACUGGCCUAAAUGUGAAAGCAUGAUAAAAAAUUAGCAAGAUACUUUUAUGUCAGAACUUUUUUUAUUUUUCUAUAUUUAGUGAAAUAUUAAAAGGAUGAAUGAUUUAAUCUAUCCUUUUGUUGCAUUCUUAUAAAUGGUUUGGUGAGAAACUAUGAAAAUUCUACGGUGAUAAUGAAAAUACAUUGCAUUGAAUAACAAAGGACCUUAUGUAAAAAGUGACACAAAAUUAAAAAGCAUUCCAACACUUUUUAACUCCUAUAGGGUGAGGAAAAGCGCAAAUAUAGCCUUUUAUUUUAUUUCUGAGCAUAUUUCUUAAUUAUCAUUUGUGUUUAGUGCCCCAGCUGAUCUGUGGAAGAAUACAAAUUUUAUGUUUUUAGGCUUUUGAACUUCAUUUGAGUUCCUUUAAGCCAAAUAUUUCAUAAUUGUUAGCUAUGAUUUUGCUUCAAGAUAAUGAAUAUGUAUGGUUGGAUCAUUUGGGUUAAAAAUAGAUUUUUGACUCUUCAUUUCAUGGACAUCUUUCUUUGGCUGGGGAUUCAGUCACAGAUGUAAAAUAUUGUUCGUUUGUAGAGCUUUUGUAAUGACAGAUAUUUUACAUAUAUUUUUAAAUUGUGCCAAAUUAGCUUACGGUAUGACCUGUAUUUUUUUGUAAAACAGACCCACAUGGAUAUACAUUUUGUAUGCCUUUAAAAUCCUUAUUGCACGAUAACAUCUUGAACUUGUCCUAUAAUUAUAAUAUUAUACUUAUAUAUCUACAUUUACCGUAGAUAUGCAAAUAUAACAUUAAAUGUUAAUAAAUGUUAUUUUAUGCUGGAAAAUAUAUCAUUUAGUACCAAUAAAUUUUAUUUAAAAUGUAAAGGGAUAUAUUGAUGUAUAAAUCUGGGCAUGAAAUAUACCAUUAAUUUUACAUAAUGGAUGAAAAUAUGGGAUUAAAUCUUAUUGUACAUAUAGCUUAUUCAGAUCAAUUAUUGUAAGUUAAAUAAGCAGGAAAAGAGAGGUAACUCUUCAGUACAUAUUGAAAGUAUUUGCAAUAUGGGCUGAGGAGUUGUUUCUUCUGUCACUAUGUAUUAGUCUCUUUUCAAUGUUAUAAUUUUUAUGUUUUACAAUUUGUAAUUGAAAUGUUGUAAAUAUUAUGUAUGGAUGUCUACUGUCUACUGUAUAUUAUACCAUUAACAGUUUACUUUAGGCAUGAAAGUAUACUAUUAAGUACAUGUACCAUUAAAUCUGAUGACAUAAAUUUACACCUUUAAUUUUAAUGUUACUGAAUGCAAACAUAUAUCAUAAAAUAAUUUUAAUGUAACUAAAUGCAAAAAUGUACCAUAAAAAUAAAUUUAAGCACAAAAACCAUUACCCUAGUCUUUCAUUACUAGAUUUUCAUUUAUUCCCUAAUAUACUUAAUAUCAAUACAGGCAUGUUUUUAUAUUAACAUCUAUUUUUCUUCUUCAAAGAAUAUGCAAUACUAACAUUGACACAAUAUUUUCAAAGUAUGACAGUAAUCUUUAUUACAGAAAAUCAUAAAAAUGCGGAAAAAAGAUAUUAUUAAGCAUACAUGAAUGUGAAUAAUUUAUUUAUGAAUAUGCUUGGCAGUGCUUAUAUCACAUGUUUAUUGUUGACACAACCAUCCUUUAUGCCAGACUGUGAUUCAGUGUGAAUAUGAUUAUGUAUUCACAACAUGUAUAUGAAAUAUGUAAAUAAAAGAUUUGUUGAGCAAAAUGUUAUCACUUAUAUUAAUAUAAUGCACUGAGAAAACAUAGUUUUACAUAUGUUUUAUGCCCUUGAUAUUGUUAUGUUAAUACUCAUGAUUAACAUAAUUAUGUUUAUGCCCUUGUGUGAGGUUGAUGAAGGCACCCCUAUAAAAAAUGUUGAGUGUUCUUUGCGUUAGUUAUUCUUUGCGGUAAUUUGGCGCAGUCUCCGCCAUGUUUUAAGUAGAGGGAAUAAGGUGACCAAAGAAUAAAGGCAAUGAAUUAAGAACAUAUUCUUUUCUUUUUAGGUAAGUAUUUACAAGUAAGAGAAAGAAAAAGACUUUCUUCGAUAGGUUUAUUCAUUGUAUUUUUUGUUUAUCGUAACCGUUAUCAAUGACAUUGUAUUGUUUAGCUUGCAAACAUGUUUAAAGUUGAGAGUCAUAUGUUUUCGCGGAUAAACGUUUUACAUACGUAUUUUGAUAUUCAUCUAUAUAUCAUCAUAUUUUUACUGUUUAUUGUUAAUACGCAUUUUAUAUGAUAACUAUGAACUUUUUGUAAGUAAAAUACAGUUUAAUAAUUGUUUAGACAAUUAUUUAGAAUAGCAUGUUUUAUGCCAUAUUUGGAAAGAGCUCGGUAAAUAAACCCAAAGGCAAUUAAACGACAUAAAGUCGAACAUGUAACAUAUUGUUUGAACAUUACUAAAUAAACGACAUAAAGUCGAACAUAUAAAAUAUUGUUUUGAACAUUGUUUAUAUGCUAUUUGUCUAACUGAACAUAUGAAAAUUCAUUAUUAUCUUUCAUCUUUUGUUAAGUAUAUACAGUUAUAAGUGCCAAAUUAAUUGAUUGUCAGUAUUAUCAUUUGUGCCAAUGAUUUAGAUUGUUAUUGUUUUAUGCAUAAGUUAAGUAUCUAUAGUAGCAGUUUAGUAAUCAUCAGUUUAAUAUGUUUUUAUUUCAAUCAGAUAUAUAAAUAAUUAAGGUUGUGUUGUUAAUCAGGUUAUUAUUAUUCAUUCCAAACAUUUUACAUUGCAGUAUUAUAAUGAUAAUGAUUUAUAUUUUAAUACUCUUUGCAUUUACCCCUAGACAUGAGUAAAGUUGAAACAUUGUUAUUUUUAGUUGUGAACAAUUAGUUAAAUGUUUUUAUGCCACAUGUUGUUAUGCAACGGCAGUCUCCGCCAUGUUUUAAGUAGAAAGAAUAAAGGCAAUGAAUUAAGAACAUAUUCUUUUCUUUUUAGACUCCGUAUCAUAUCUUCAAUUUGACCCGGCCAACAUUUGGGGGCUCGUCCGGGAUUUAAUAAUGGCAUGUUUUUGUGAUGUGGUGCGGCUCAAGAGAAAAAAUUUUGGCCUUGAUCCUAUAGAACUGACAACUUAAGUGCAAUAAAGCAAUUCACAAAUGAAGAUGAGAUGUUAAACUUUGCUGAAGAGAUUGAAGAAUCAAUUUUAAAAGAAGAAGUAGAAGAUCAAAUGGCUUUUCUUUUUGCUGAUUUUGAACGGAUGCUAUAAGAAUGCAAAUCAGAUGACAAGUCACACAAAAUUUUUCCUAAAUCAACAGAGAAGUACCAUAUGAAAACAAAUCCGACACCAGUCAUAUGGAGUUCAGUAAGCCAGCAAGUGUCACCUAGCUUAUUGACAUAUGAUAAAUUGGGACAGCCAUCUUACCAAAAAGUGGUUAAUUCACUGUUGGUUGUCACCAUUAGGAAUUUUUUACUAAGCAAUUUGAUAAGAAUACACAGUCACUUAAAGACAUUUAUUGAUUAUAGAAAUAAGGCAUGAUGCUCAGGAACAAAGGGUUCGUCAUUAAAGAGAACAGGUUGGCAAUGGGUCAAAACUUCUAUAACCAAAAGGGUAUGACUUGAACAGACUGGCCAUCUUUUCAUUUCAUGGGGUUUUUGGCGUGGUCAAAUUGUUAAUUGUAAUGGCGUUGGGUUUCCUGGGGAAGCGCUUAAGAUAAGAAUCAAUAAAUAAUGAAGUGUCUUUGUAUAAAUAAUUCUGAUCUUAGAGGUUGAAAAGAAUGUUAGUCAAUAGUGUUUCAUUAUAGAUCUGGGGAAAUAUUUUAAAGCUUAUGUUUGAAAUAAGUAAAUUUUUGAGGUAUUUUUCUAUUUUUUAUUUACUUGGUUUCUAGUCUUCAUUUUAUUAUAGUUAUAUAGUUUGUAAAUCAUUUGGGGUUUUAAGUGGUUAGUGAUAACGGUUCAUUUGAUAGCAAAUGUCGGGACGACAUUUGGUUUACGGGGGGAGGGGGUGAGGUUGAUGAAGGCACCCCUAUAAAAAAAUGUUAAGUGUUCUUUGCGUUAGUUAUUCUUUGCGGUAAUUUGGCGCAGUCUCCGCCAUGUUUUAAGUAGAAAGAAUAAAGGCAAUGAAUUAAGAACAUAUUCUUUUCUUUUUAGGUAAGUAUUUACAAGUAAGAGAAAGAAAAAUACUUUCUUCGAUAGGUUUAUCCAUUGUAUUUUUUGUUUAUCGUAACUGUUAUCAAUGACAUUGUAUUGUUUAGCUUGCAAACAUGUUUAAAGUUGAGAGUCGUAUGUUUUCGCGGAUAAACGUUUUACAUACGUAUUUUGAUAUUCAUCUAUAUAUCAUCAUAUUUUUACUGUUUAUUGUUAAUACGCAUUUUAUAUGAUAACUAUGAACUUUUUGUAAGUAAAAUACAGUUUAAUAAUUGUUUAGACAAUUAUUUAGAAUAGCAUGUUUUAUGCCAUAUUUGGAAAGAGCUCGGUAAAUGAACCCAAAGGCAAUUAAACGACAUAAAGUCGAACAUGUAACAUAUUGUUUGAACAUUACUAAAUAAACGACAUAAAGUCGAACAUAUAAAAUAUUGUUUUGAACAUUGUUUAUAUGCUAUUUGUCUAACUGAACAUAUGAAAAUUCAUUAUUAUCUUUCAUCUUUUGUUAAGUAUAUACAGUUAUAAGUGCCAAAUUAAUUGAUUGUCAGUAUUAUCAUUUGUGCCAAUGAUUUAGAUUGUUAUUGUUUUAUGCAUAAUAGUAAAUUCUAAGUUAAGUAUCUAUAGUAGCAGUUUAGUAAUCAUCAGUUUAAUAUGUUUUUAUUUCAAUCAGAUAUAUAAAUAAUUAAGGUUGUGUUGUUAAUCAGGUUAUUAUUAUUCAUUCCAAACAUUUUACAUUGCAGUAUUAUAAUGAUAAUGAUUUAUAUUUUAAUACUCUUUGCAUUUACCCCUAGACAUGAGUAAAGUUGAAACAUUGUUAUUUUUAGUUGUGAACAAUUAGUUAAAUGUUUUUAUGCCACAUGUUGUUAUGCAACGGCAGUCUCCGCCAUGUUUUAAGUAGAAAGAAUAAAGGCAAUGAAUUAA